AUGUGGUUUAAUGCUGGUAAAACCAACACAAUAUGCAAGAAAUGUGCUCAGAACGUGAAGCUCUAUGGAACGCCAAAACCAUGCCAGUACUGCAACAUAAUAGCAGCAUUUAUUGGCAACAAGUGCCAACGCUGUACGAACUCAGAGAAGAAGUAUGGGCCACCCCUCUCCUGUGAACAGUGCAAGCAACAGUGUGCAUUCGACAGGAAGGAUGAUAGAAAGAAGGUGGACGGGAAGCUGCUGUGCUGGCUGUGUACAUUGUCCUACAAACGGGUCCUACAGAAGACCAAAGAGCAACGCAAACAUCUAAGCAGCUCUUCACGGACGAGCCUGCAAGAGAAGGAGCAGUUCAGCAGGCUCAGCAGUGGCAGCCACUACAACAGCCAGAAAACCUUAUCCACCUCCUCUAUUCAGAACGAAAUUCCAAAGAAGAAACCCAAGUUUGAAGCCAUAUCAGCCAAUGGUGACAGCUUUUCUCCAGACCUUGCCCUGGAUUCCCCUGGCACGGACCAUUUCGUUAUUAUCGCCCAGCUGAAGGAAGAAGUGGCCACUCUGAAAAAGAUGCUGCACCAGAAAGAUCAGAUGAUCUUGGAGAAAGAGAAGAAGAUCACAGAGCUAAAGGCCGACCUGCAGUACCAGGAAUCCCAGAUGAGGGCAAAAAUGAACCAAAUGGAGAAGACACACAAGGAAGUCAUGGAGCAGUUACAGGCCAAGAACAGAGAACUCCUGAAGCAAGCAGCUGCCCUAUCCAAGGGCAAAAAGCCUGAGAAGUCAGGAGCAAUAACCUCCCCUUAAAACAAACUGGGAGCUUCCCCAGCAUUAACCCAGGAGGCCUGUCUGUUCGGCUGGAAGCCAAACCUCAGUCUUGUUACUUUCCUAUCGCUAUGGACUCGAUGGAACGCCUGGUGUCUGUUGCCUUUCGACAGCAUGUUUGAGUGUGUCUGGUUUCAAUAUCUGUUGAAUACUGUUAUAUAGCACAGUGAUCCACGGGGAGCGGCGUACCCGCACAGCUUGCUGUCCCCCAGGCCCUGGAACUAAUGGUCUCCAGAAGAGACCUGUUUGGAAAACAGGUAUUACCACUGCCACUUCAUACUUUAGAAAACAGGGAUCCUGUUUUGUUGGAGACCCGUCUCUGCAGUUUAAAAUCGGCUGGGCUGAGGCCCAAUCCGUUGUUGGCUGUUUUUCAGGCUUGCCAAGAGCUUUGGGGGGCACGGUGAGAGCUUUAUUUUCAAGUGUUUUGUUCCUCCUUUCAAGGGAAGCUCUGAAAUCGCCUUCCCCAGAGAGAGAGCAGGGCGCAGCACACUGAUCUGCCUGGAGCAGUUAAGCUAUCUUUCAAAAAUUGUUCCAAAAUCCGGGCUAGAGAUUUUUUUUAAAUAUUGGCUUGGCAAACCUAACUGCCUGUUUUGAUCACUUUUGGUUUGAGAGUCUUACAGAAUAAUUGCGCAUAACCAUAUGGUGGCCCUGUGGGGCUCUGGUUAAUGGCUUGGGCUAAUCUAACUUCGCUGGCACUGCUUUCUGCAGUAAAGGCAGAAGGAGAGCUUGAGGCUGUCUUAGACAUGCUCUCCCCUCCCCAGUCCCGGAUCAAGUUGAUCCUUUUACAUCUUCUCCUCUCCACCCCACUUCACUGACGUCAGAUGUAGGAGGAGGCUGGUUACAAGAAGUGAGUUCAGUCAGGUCAGUAAUGACACAAAGUAGGAAGUGCUUCUUGGGUGCUGGGCAGAGAAGCCCCCAACCUCCAUUCCCAACAAAAGCCAGCAGGAUAAAGAGCUGAGAAGGUUCUCUGCUUUUCUGAAACAGUCUGGCUUCAGAAGCAAAGAGGCCAUAAACAGCUCCAGAAAGGCCAGCUGGAAUGUGUACUCCCAACCCACCCUCAUUAGAGGAGAGCUGAGCUCUGCAGCUGUCUGAGCCGUGCCCUCAGGACAUCUCCUAGAGGGGGAUAAAAAGCCCUCUGCCAUUAGGGGGAAAUGUGCAGAUGGGCUCUCAAGUCAGCAGGUUCCAGGCCAGGUUACUCCAUGGAAUCCCGGUGGCCAGCCCUAUUCACACAAGGUGGAGAGAGCGCUCAGGGGUUGGAGACCCUACCUCAGGGGAGUAGGGGAAGGAAACGACCUUAAUGUAGACAGGCACCAAAUGGAAAGAGAUGAGACACUGACCCUUUGAGACAGGGCUUGCGGCUCUAGCUGGGUUUUUAUUAAUCUUUUUAAGUAGAGAGUUGCCAUUUUUUUUUUUAUUAAGAUGAAUUUAUUCAAUGGCACUUUUCAGACGUUGUUAGCUUUGAGCGUGGAAGAGCACAUUGAAGCAUCAGAUACUGUCGCGUGGUUUUGGUUUUUAAAAAGACUUUAGGAUGCUAAGAAAUCAUUGCACUCUGCCAGUGUGUGACAGCCGGAAAAAAAAAAACCCAUCUAAUUUUAUACUUCACAUAUUUUUAGAAAAAGUCUGAAAUGUAUCAAUGGGAUUUUUUUUUUUUUUAAAUGAGGGCUUUGCUUCUUAGCUUCCCUCAGGACACACAAAUAAUAAUAGAAGGAGAAGGGCCUUGUAUAUACAAUGUUGGUUUUUUUUUAAAAUUGUGACACAUUGAUCAUGCAACUGAGUAGCUGAUGUUUUGUAGUAAUAACGUCGUUUCUUUGUAUGUUUGUAAUAAUGGAGAUUUUAAAGGGAUGCUUUGAUUUGUACAAAACUCCGACAAACGUUAAAAGUGUU